UUCGUUGCUGUGUUCAUCUACAUUGGUGGACGACGUGAAGCAAAAGGAGUGAAAUGGUAUCAACUCUUCACGACAGGCGACACACACUUUACUGCUCCGAAUCUUAGCGACUUCGACUCGACGUCGUUGUUUUCCCUGCACGACCGCCUAAUCGACACGCGGCCAAGCGUCGUGCGCGCUCUUGGCGAUAGACUAAUUGCACGUAACGCGCGCUAUCCGGUCGUCAUGUUCUGCACGGUGGUGAUGAUCUUUGCCAUCUGGGGUUGUAUCAACAUUAAAGUGGAUUUGCGUGAGGAGAACUUUUUGCCUUCCACGUCGCCGGCCCGUUGUUUCCUCGAACGAUAUCGAGAGCUGUUUGGCAAGACCACACAGUUCCUCGAGGUUUGCAAUACUGCGCAUAAUUCCACUAACUAUCUACACUAUCAUGGAGAUCACAAAGUUUCUGGAAUAGAAAACUGUAGAUCUGACGACACAUUUGUACCAGUGGUGAAUCUGGUGUUUCUCGGAACGGAUCCCUACAAACGAUUUACUUCGGACAUCUCAUUCGACCGACAUCAAACCCAAAUCGUUCGAUCAAGAAUGUACCUUGAGCUCACGCAGAAAGGUGUUAACGAACGGUAUGCACUCCUUCUCAUACAUGCCUAA